AUGGCCAUCAGAUAUGAAGCUGAUUUUCUGAUCUUCUUGCGAGACUCACCAUUAUGUAUCAAACCACCAAACCUUCCUCCAGCGGAAGAAUGGAUGGGACCCCCACCUGAACCGACUCGUCCUCAGAGCAAGGUCACUGGUGACCGACCCCGACCCAACGACACCCCUCUGCUGGAUCAGACCAACCGCCGCCCUGGUGUUGAAAGACACGUUUCGAGAAACAGUGCCAACCCUGAAGAUCUCGUCUUUGCACCUCCCCGAACGGCCUUUGCUUCUGCGCGAGGUAAAGGAGGACUCGAAACCGACAAAGUCGUCAAAGAAUCCGACACAGGACGUUUCGGCAACUUCCGAAGUCGCAAUGGGGAUGUUGAAGCAGAGCGAUUCCGCGACGGUCGCAAUAGCAAUGGUCUCCGUCGUCGUGAUGGCGAGGGCGAGGCAGACGGUUGGAGUACUGUGAAACCACGCAAGAGUUUCGGACACGAAGGUGCUGAGCGCUUCCACGGACGCAUGGGAGGCAACUUCCGAGACGACAAACGACAACCUAGAGAACGUGACGAACGCGAGGCUCCACGAGAUCGCCCUGCACGAAACUUGGAUGCUCUCGCCAGAGACAGGGAUGUCGAUGACAACGAUGGACGAUCUCGAAACGGGACGAACAGGAAACAAACUGAGCCGUGGUAUAAGAAUGAACCUACCACGACAAGCACCCCGGCAGCCGAAUCUACCAUGACCCCCGACAAGCGUGAACGCAUUGAUCGCGCGAAGAGCUGGAGAGAGCGCGAUGCUGCUGCCGAUGCUCAUGAUGAUCGCCAUAACAACAACAAUAACCGCACACAAGAUAGACGCUGGGGACGAGACCGUGAUCAGCGAGUCGAGCGCGAACCGGAAUGGCUAGAUGAGCCUCUUGAAGAACAUUCUGAAGCUCACACACAACAGGAUUUCCAAAAGUGGAUGGAAGAAAUGAAGAAGGCGAAGGCUGGAAUCCCUCCUGCCUCUGGUAAGCCUGCAAACAAUGAGGCUAUCGAGGCAGCAAUCGAGGCCGAUAAGCCCCCGGUUCAAUCUGCUCCAGCUGUUCAAGUUGGACCAGACAAGUUCUUCGCGGCAUUCGGAGGUAUCGAUACUCCACGUGCUGAAGAAGCCAAGGAGCCCGUUGUGAAGCCCAAGGCGACUGGCAAGUCGUCAAGGUUCACAUCUUUCUUCUCGCAGCCUCAAGAGGAACCUCGAGGAAAAACGGAACCUCCUACUCCUAUGACUGGACCCCCCAUCAAUAGCGGCGUACCUUUGCCUCUACCUUCUUUCUUCGGUGGCCCGGCUCCCUCUGGUGGCCCUGACGAUGAGCGGCAAGCUUUCCAGCAGCUGCUUGCGAAGUUGCAGAAGCAGACUAUGAGUGCUACACCACCAGGUCCCUCGCCUUUUGCUGCCCCACAAGGCACACCACCCAACGUCGGCAGACCCAACAUGAUUACUUCUCCCGAUUCACCUUUCCAGCAGUAUGGACCUGAUCGACGAAUGGAAGGCCCUCUCGGUCGACCUCCGCCUCAUCAUAUACAAGAGAUUCAUGCUCCUCGACCCCAGCAACAAGCUCGUCCUGAGCAACUUCUUCAAGAUCUUGUGGGCCAGCGCCAGCGUGCCCCCAGUCAAGGCUCCGGUCGUCCUGAUACUGCUCGCAACAAUAGCAACACUGAAUUCUUGAUGAACCUCAUGAGAGCACCCCCAGAUGCCCAGCGCAAUGAACUGUUGAUGCGCUUGGGCCCGCAGCUCCCCAAGCAAGGACAGAUGCCUCAGGAGCCCGACUUUCCUAGAGACGACCGUGGCCCUCAGCGUCAAAUGCGUCCUCAGCCACCACCCGGCUUUCCUAUGGAGGACCGAUUUCAUAACCCCCCUGACGUCGACUCACGUCCCAACCAGCCUACACAAAUCCUCCAGCGUCCACCCCCUCCUCCAGGUCUGGACCACCAGAUGCCGCCCAGCUGGAUGCCUGGUGGCCAAAUGCCUCCUCCUCAGGCACGAGGCCCCAUGAUUCCUCCUCCAGGACUUCCAGGUGGUCCCCUCGGCCCAGGUGGCCCUGGACCCAACCGUAACAUGCCUAUGCCUCACAUGUUCCCUCCUAACUUCCCACCUGGCGUGAUGCCUCCUCCCCCUGAAGCUCUUGGUGGCCCACCUCCUCGUAACAUGCCUCCUCCUCCUCCCGGUUUCUUUGGUGGACCCCCUCAUGGCUUCAUUCCUCCUGGUCUUGCCGGCUUCAACGGACCCCCCGGACCUGACUUUCCUGGCCUUUUUGAAGGUCGCGGUAUGCCUCCUGGUGGCAACCCCGGACGUGGCGCCGCUUAUGGAAGACCUUAA